AUGGUUACAACCCAAGGUGUUAGCAGACACCAGUAUAACUCUAAGCUAUGGUUACAACCCGAGGUGUUAGCAGACACCAGUUUAACUCUCAGCUAUGGUUACACCCCCAAGGUGUUAGCAGACACCAGUAUAACUCUCAGCUAUGGUUACAAACCCGAGGUGUUAGCAGACACCAGUAUAACUCUCAGCUAUGGUUACAACCCCGAGGUGUUAGCAGAUACCAGUAUAACUCUCAGCUAUGGUUACAACCCCGAGGUGUUAGCAGAUACCAGUAUAACUCUCAGCUAUGGUUACAACCCCGAGGUGUUAGCAGACACCAGUAUAACUCUCAGCUAUGGUUACAACCCCGAGGUGUUAGCAGAUACCAGUAUAACUCUCAGCUAUGGUUACAACCCCGAGGUGUUAGCAGAUACCAGUAUAACUCUCAGCUAUGGUUACAACCCCGAGGUGUUAGCAGAUACCAGUAUAACUCUCAGCUAUGGUUACAACCCCGAGGUGUUAGCAGAUACCAGUAUAACUCUCAGCUAUGGUUACAACCCCGAGGUGUUAGCAGAUACCAGUAUAACUCUCAGCUAUGGUUACAACCCCGAGGUGUUAGCAGACACCAGUAUAACUCUCAGCUAUGGUUACAACCCCGAGGUGUUAGCAGAUACCAGUAUAACUCUCAGCUAUGGUUACAACCCCGAGGUGUUAGCAGAUACCAGUAUAACUCUCAGCUAUGGUUACAACCCCGAGGUGUUAGCAGAUACCAGUAUAACUCUCAGCUAUGGUUACAACCCCGAGGUGUUAGCAGAUACCAGUAUAACUCUCAGCUAUGGUUACAACCCCGAGGUGUUAGCAGAUACCAGUAUAACUCUCAGCUAUGGUUACAACCCCGAGGUGUUAGCAGACACCAGUAUAACUCUCAGCUAUGGUUACAACCCCGAGGUGUUAGCAGAUACCAGUAUAACUCUCAGCUAUGGUUACAACCCCGAGGUGUUAGCAGAUACCAGUAUAACUCUCAGCUAUGGUUACAACCCCGAGGUGUUAGCAGAUACCAGUAUAACUCUCAGCUAUGGUUACAACCCCGAGGUGUUAGCAGAUACCAGUAUAACUCUCAGCUAUGGUUACAACCCCGAGGUGUUAGCAGAUACCAGUAUAACUCUCAGCUAUGGUUACAACCCCGAGGUGUUAGCAGAUACCAGUAUAACUCUCAGCUAUGGUUACAACCCCGAGGUGUUAGCAGAUACCAGUAUAACUCUCAGCUAUGGUUACAACCCCGAGGUGUUAGCAGAUACCAGUAUAACUCUCAGCUAUGGUUACAACCCCGAGGUGUUAGCAGAUACCAGUAUAACUCUCAGCUAUGGUUACAACCCCGAGGUGUUAGCAGAUACCAGUAUAACUCUCAGCUAUGGUUACAACCCCGAGGUGUUAGCAGAUACCAGUAUAACUCUCAGCUAUGGUUACAACCCCGAGGUGUUAGCAGAUACCAGUAUAACUCUCAGCUAUGGUUACAACCCCGAGGUGUUAGCAGAUACCAGUAUAACUCUCAGCUAUGGUUACAACCCCGAGGUGUUAGCAGAUACCAGUAUAACUCUCAGCUAUGGUUACAACCCCGAGGUGUUAGCAGAUACCAGUAUAACUCUCAGCUAUGGUUACAACCCCGAGGUGUUAGCAGAUACCAGUAUAACUCUCAGCUAUGGUUACAACCCCGAGGUGUUAGCAGAUACCAGUAUAACUCUCAGCUAUGGUUACAACCCCGAGGUGUUAGCAGAUACCAGUAUAACUCUCAGCUAUGGUUACAACCCCGAGGUGUUAGCAGAUACCAGUAUAACUCUCAGCUAUGGUUACAACCCCGAGGUGUUAGCAGAUACCAGUAUAACUCUCAGCUAUGGUUACAACCCCGAGGUGUUAGCAGAUACCAGUAUAACUCUCAGCUAUGGUUACAACCCCGAGGUGUUAGCAGAUACCAGUAUAACUCUCAGCUAUGGUUACAACCCCGAGGUGUUAGCAGAUACCAGUAUAACUCUCAGCUAUGGUUACAACCCCGAGGUGUUAGCAGAUACCAGUAUAACUCUCAGCUAUGGUUACAACCCCGAGGUGUUAGCAGAUACCAGUAUAACUCUCAGCUAUGGUUACAACCCCGAGGUGUUAGCAGAUACCAGUAUAACUCUCAGCUAUGGUUACAACCCCGAGGUGUUAGCAGAUACCAGUAUAACUCUCAGCUAUGGUUACAACCCCGAGGUGUUAGCAGAUACCAGUAUAACUCUCAGCUAUGGUUACAACCCCGAGGUGUUAGCAGAUACCAGUAUAACUCUCAGCUAUGGUUACAACCCCGAGGUGUUAGCAGACACCAGUAUAACUCUCAGCUAUGGUUACAACCCCGAGGUAUAA